GUUGGCGCAGACAACCGAUACCGUGCGCAACGUGGUUUUGCCCAUUUUCCUUCUUCUCUCUCGCACUAUAAGUACCAUCCCCCAACACACACACUUUCAUCUCAAAACAAACUCACUCAUCAUCAUUCGUUCAUCUUCUUUUCAAUUAACUAGCCACAGCCAUGUCUAGCACCGCUGGUCAAACCAUAAAGUGCAAAGCUGCGGUUUCAUGGGAGGCAGGGAAGCCACUGGUGAUUGACGAAGUAGAGGUGGCGCCACCACAAGCCGGUGAAGUCCGUCUCAAGAUCCUCUACACCUCUCUUUGCCACACUGAUGUUUACUUCUGGGAAGCCAAGGGCCAGACUCCAUUGUUUCCUCGCAUUUUUGGCCAUGAAGCUUCAGGGAUUGUGGAGAGUGUAGGCGAGGGUGUAACUCAUUUGGAACCAGGAGACCAUGCCCUCCCUGUGUUCACAGGAGAGUGCGGGGAGUGUGUACAUUGUAAGUCAGAAGAGAGCAACAUGUGUGAGCUACUCAGGAUCAACACUGAUAGAGGUGUCAUGAUUAAUGAUGGGAAAUCAAGGUUCUCUAAGGAUGGACAACCGAUACACCAUUUCUUGGGAACCUCUACUUUCAGUGAAUACACUGUUAUCCAUGCUGGAUGUGUUGCAAAGAUCAACCCUGAUGCUCCACUUGACAAAGUUUGUGUUCUCAGUUGCGGAAUUUGCACAGGUCUUGGUGCUACUGUAAAUGUAGCAAAACCAAAACCUGGUUCCUCUGUUGCCAUUUUUGGACUUGGAGCUGUUGGCCUUGCGGCUGCUGAAGGGGCAAGGAUUUCAGGUGCUUCAAGAAUCAUUGGAAUUGAUUUAGUUUCAGCCAGAUUUGAACAAGCUAAGAAGUUUGGGGUUAAUGAGUUUGUGAACCCAAAAGAACAUGAUAAACCAGUACAACAGGUAAUUGCUGAAAUGACCAAUGGAGGUGUGGAUCGCGCUGUUGAAUGCACCGGCAGCAUCCAAGCCAUGAUCUCAGCAUUUGAAUGUGUCCAUGAUGGUUGGGGUCUUGCUGUACUUGUUGGUGUGCCUAGUAAAGAUGAUGCAUUCAAAACUGCUCCUAUUAAUUUCCUGAACGAGAGGACUCUUAAGGGUACCUUUUAUGGUAACUACAAACCACGCACUGAUCUUCCAUCUGUUGUGGAACAGUACAUGAGGGGGGAGCUAGAAGUGGAUAAGUUCAUCACUCACAAUGUUCCAUUCUCAGAGAUUAACAAAGCAUUUGAUUACAUGCUGAAAGGAGAGUCCAUUAGGUGUCUCAUCCGCAUGCAAGAGUAACACCUAUGAAAUUGGUCAUGACUCUGUUCGAGGAAAAAGGUCUUUAUCUAAUUUGUGAAAAGAGAGAGAAUAAAAAUUUUGUUGGUAAUACGUAGUAGGAUUUUGAUUGUAUUUUGGAGAUUGAGUGUUGGGACUGAGAGGGCAUUUAGCCCUUUGUUACUUGAUUGCGGUUUAUGUUGUCAAUUUGUCGUUUGAUUGUUACCAUGAUUUUACUUUUACAUGAAAUGAAAAACAAUGUAAGAUAGUGAAUCAA